CCAACCCCCAAUUCGGGCCAUCAUCACCCCGAAUCCACAAAAUCAUACAUAUACAGCAACUACUACCACCACCAUACCAUCAUCCUAUCCUCACUUUCACAAUUGAACAACUUCCCUUCAACUCAAACCAUUGAACCAAGCCCAAUCUCCCUCCCCCAACCGACCAAUUCCCUACACACACACACACCAACAAUGCCCACCCGCCGCAUCGCCCAAAUCGUCCACCUCAAGCCCUCCGCCAUCGCCGCAUACAAAGAAUGUCACGCGAACGUAUGGCCCGAAGUCCUACAGCAGAUCAAGGAGUGUAAUAUUCGCGAUUACUCAAUCUUCUUCGAUAAUGAGCGGACGCUGUUCGCAACGUUUAAAUAUGUCGGGGAAGACUUUGACGGGGAUAUGCAGCGGAUGAAGGCCAAUCCGAAGGUGAGGGAGUGGUGGGGUUUGACGGAUGGGAUGCAGGAAAGCCCUAUCCCUGGUGCUGUCGGAAGUGCUGAAGGUCCUGGGUGGUGGAAGGUGCUGGAUGAGGUGUUUUAUACUGAAUAA